AUGAAUAUGCAGAACGGCUUGAAGGAGGAACUGAAUGAUAGGGUUAGAUCAGUGUGGCCAGCAUUGGCACCCGCCAGGGAAGCUACGGACCAACUGGCGGACCAAGAUUUUGUGCCCAUCAGUUCGGCUCAACAGUUCUUCCAGCGCUCUGUUACGCAGAAGAGAUAUGCGCAGACACCGCUGCCACGUCCACAAAGCUACUUGCUAUUAACAGACUCUUCGAAAGAUGCCUUCUAUCUUAACCGGCACACACGACAUCAAGCCGGUCUUCGCGAUUCCGACUUUAGAGAAUCGUACCGCCAUCAUGAGAAUAUAUAUCGAAAGCAAAGCAUAGACGAGCUGGUCACGUUAUGA